AUGGCUUCAUCUCGAAUUGACUCUCUGGCGACUGCUAUCGCUGCAUCAGCUCAGGAGCUACGGACUCUUUUAGCUGAGCAUGAUCUCGAGGAACCGUCCUUUUCCAUGAAUUACCCAACAUCGGUGAAAUUCCCACCGGCAUUAGACGAAGCUCGAAAUAAUCUUCUUCAUGCAGCUUGUGAGAUUCACGAUCUUCUCCUCGAUCCGGCAGAUCUUCUGCGCUCAUAUGCCGCGCAUGCCAACCUAGUCUCGCUACAUUUUAUUCAGCAAUUCAACAUUGCCAAUCUCGUACCCAUUUCCGAUGGGGCGAUGAUUACCUUUGCGGCUUUGGCGGAACAAUGCAGACUACCUGAAGGAGAUGUUCGGCGCCUCUUGCGUCACGCAAUGACAAUCCGUGUGUUCGCCGAACCUCGCCCAAAUGAAGUGGUACAUACGAGAGCCAGCAUGCUUCUCCGUGAAGAAGGCAUUCACGGCUGGAUUGGGUCAACCUGCGAGAACAGUUGGCCUGGCGCGACUAGAACAAUCGAAUCCUUGAAACGAUUUCCAGGCUCCUCGGAUCCUACUCAAUCUGGCUUCGCUCUUGCAAAUGACAAUCUAGCUCUCUACAGCGCACUAGCUCAAUCCCCGGAAAGGGCUGCCACUUUCGCUGCUAGCAAGCGUGGUUACGCCUCUGGAUCCUCAUUUGGUCCCGCGGCCUUCCUCGAAGCGUCUCGUUCAUCCUUCCAAUCACUCCCUCAGGGCUCCCUUUUCGUCGAUGUCGGUGGUGCCCAUGGAACCAUCUCGUUGGCUGCCGCACAAAUCUACCCACACCUCCACUACAUUGUCCAGGAUCUCCCCGAGGUGAUUGAGCAGGCGUCACAAAAUCCAAACGGCUCGCCAGAGAACGUAGAGUUUCAAGUGCAUGAUUUUUUUAUCCCUCAACAGCUUCGCGGUGUCGCCGUGUUCUAUUUAAGACAUGUCUUACAUAACUGGGGUGAUGCCCAUGCAAUCAAUAUCCUGAAGAGUUUAGUGCCUGCAAUGGGCCGAGGCACGCGCGUGCUGAUUCAUGAUCAUGUCUUGGAUCACAGAGAGAAUCCGAUGUGGAAGAGACGACAGGAUACUGCCAUGGAUAUCAACAUGUUAGUUUUAUUGAAUGCGAGGGAAAGAGACGAGGCUAUGUGGCGGACGUUGCUGCGAGAUGCAGAUCCAAGAUUCAAGUGGGUGGGGGUAGAAAAGCCAGCCGGUAGCACUUUGGCAGUGAUAGAGGCAGUGUGGGAGGAUUUCAAUGAGAUCUCAGAGUAA